AUGCAGAGCCACCAGCAGGCGUCGUCGCCGGGCGCCGGCAAAGACAGCACGCCGCGAGGACGCCCGCGACACAGCAACGACGCCAACUCUCUCCCACGCUCGGUCAACCGCCUUUCACUGCACACACCCACAAACACACCCACAAACACACACGACGUGCGCAAUCUGUCGCCUGGGCCCAGCUCUCCCAGACUCCCCACAGCGCGUGUGCCGUCCUCGCCGCUCCCCCGGUCUCUCCGCCGCAGCUCCAGCACCGUGAGCUUGAAGCGCGCCGCGUCCCCCGCGCCGUCUCUUGUUCUUGGGAGGAAGUCUUCGAAUUCGUCGUUGCGCGGCGACAUGCCCUCCGGCACGCCAAGGAACCCAGCUUCGCGCCGAUCGUCGUUGGCACCCAACAUGCACUCGCCGAUAGGGGGAAAGAGCGCGCUGCAACCACACUUCGAAGAGAAGCUGCCCCUGCGCGCCUGCGAUAUAGCAGAGGACCACUUCAAGAGGGAGCUGGCGCGCCACGAGAGCAUAGCCGGGACCGCAGACGCAGGCACAGUGGUCAUCGUGCACGACCAAUGCUACGGGCACCGCUACGCCCGACCAAACACGCACAAGAACCUACUCAGUCUGAUCAUGGAGCGACCUGAGCGCAUACUGGCCAGCGUACUGGGCAUAUCGACAGCCUACGUGCGACUUGGUGGACGACACGCAGAGGGGCACCACCCGCUGCAUCCCGAUCAGAAUCCACCUGGGCGCAUCCCCUUCAGGAUCCGCAAGACGUCGCGCCUGGUCGACAUCACAUCGCCAGUCGUGACAAAUGUUCAUGGCACAAAGUGGAUGAACGAACUCAAGUCACUGUGUGACAGUGCAGGAGAAAAGCUGGCAGCCACAGGAAAGGAACUCGCCAGGGACAUGUCGGCAGUGCCGGGACAACCACCAAAACACGAGUUCCAUGCUGGCGAUCUGUACCUAUGUCAAGACUCGUUGAACGCUUUUCAGGGUGCGCUUGGCGGUGUUCUGGAUGCUGUCGAUGCUGUCUUUCAGGGUACGAGCAUAGGUCACGGCCCGUCUCGAGCCUUUGUCUGCGUGCGACCGCCAGGGCACCAUUGCUCAGCAGACUUUCCGUCUGGGUUCUGCUGGCUGAACAAUGUCCAUGUCGGCAUCGAGCACGCUAUGAUGCAGUACGGUCUGACGCAUGCCGCCAUUAUUGAUUUCGACCUGCACCACGGCGAUGGGUCGCAAGCCAUCACCUGGGCGCGUAACAAGAAGGUCCAGAACAUGCCCAAGAGCACGGCAAACAGGAAGAAGACAUCCAUCGGCUACUUCAGCCUGCACGACAUCAACUCGUAUCCGUGCGAGGAUGGCGACGACGACAAGGUCCAAGCAGCGAGUCUUUGCAUCGACAAUGCGCACGGCCAGUCGAUCUGGAACGUACACUUGCAGUCGUGGAAGACACCAGAGGAGUUCUGGGCAAUCUACGAAGACAAGUACCUCGUGCUACUCGACAAGACGCGCCAAUAUCUCAAAUCUCACACGAAGCGUCUAAAGAGUGGACCCAAUCAGCCUACCCCCAAGGCCGCCAUCUUUCUGUCUGCCGGUUUUGAUGCCAGCGAGUGGGAAACUGCAGGGAUGCAGCGACACGCAGUAAACGUGCCUACCGAGUUCUACGCCCGCUUUACCCGAGACGUCGUUCGUCUAGCUGAAGAGGAGGGCACGGCUGUGGAUGGGCGGGUGAUCUCGGUGCUUGAAGGCGGCUACAGUGACAGAGCUCUUGCUAGCGGAGUGAUGAGCCACAUCAGCGGCCUCACUGAUGGUCAAGUCUGGAGCGAGCCCAGUCCAACAAAUGGCCUUGCGCUCGAUAUGCACCAGAGAGUAAGCGGGCUGAGCAUUUCUGAUGACAGCCUUCCUGUUCAAUCAGUUGAGGCUGACCUAACCCCUGUCACAUAUGAUCCUGCGUGGUGGCAUCAUGCCCAUCUUGCGGAGCUCGAAAACCUGGUAAAACCUCCGGCUCAGGUGGCUAUCAAAAAGCCGCGGCAGGGGCCCCAAGCACACUUUUCUUCUCCCACGCAGUCUUUCACGGCAAAGGUCGUCGACCCAACCAAACUCGCACAUCUGCAACCUGGAAGAGGCGUUCCCGUCCAUCCUUCAAGGCCCAUCACACCACCCCCACCUGAUGUGGACUGGGCGACGGCAGCGCAUGCGCUGAGCGCAUUGCUAGUGCCUUCAGAUCGCCAGACGAGGAGUUGCAGGCCUGAAGAACUCGCCGAGCCAAAGAUUAAGAAGGAGAAGCCAGCAGCGCCUGCGUUGACGUCUGUAAAGGUGGAUCCUUCUGGUCGGCAACUGCGUGGCCGCAAGCCAGCAACCUCGUAUACCGAUAGAGGCUCUGAUGACGAGAAGGCUUCUCUUCGCACAGAGUCGCGGUCGAGCCGACGACAAACCAUUGCCGACUUUCAGCCUACGUCUGCAGAGCCACCUGCACCAGCUCGAUCAGUCUCGCGUCGCAUGAGCAUUGCCUCUAGCGUCUCGUCGAUUGGCGAUCGCAGUGUUGGUCGUGCACCAAGCAUUCCACCGCCCUCUUCCAGAAGGCGAAGUGUAGCACCGCAGCCUGCAGGUUCGGCGGAUCUGCCUGCAAAGAAAGGCCGAGGAGCGACCACUGCAGCUUCCUCUCGCGCUCCUCAGCGGCCGCCUGUGCCGCGAGUGCCAUCCGCCUACACGAACAAGGCGGUCAAAGAAAAGGAAAAUGAUGGCAUGGACGCGCUGACAUCAGGCCUCAAACGGGUCACGUUGAAGAUGCCGUCCAGAGAGGAGUACGAUGCGCGAGAGAAGGAGAAAGCAGAGAAGCAGGCUACUCUCGAAGCUUCAAAGAAAGCAACGGCCAAGACGACUGCUCGCAAACAAAGCACGAGCCGCACCACAAGCACCAAAGCAGCCGCUGGUACGACGAAGAGGGGCCGGCCGGCGAAAUCAUCAAAGACAUGUUCACCAGCUACCACUCCAGCACCUACCAUGACACCUGAGCCCCCAAAGCUGCAAAGCGCUGCUACAGCACCGCUUCAGCAGCCGGAGCCGGUACAACCAGAAACGAUGUCGAGUCUGGUGGAUCAGCCCAAGUCUGUGCCAGCUGCACAAGAAAACAUGUUUGCCAGCAUGUCGGAGGUUGGUGGCCGCAGCCCGAAUGGCAUCAUUGAGCCACCCACCGACUUCAGAGACUCGGUCAUCACGCCGGAGCAGCUGCGGGAGCAAUUGCCAUUACCUUCGUUCGUGACAGCCAGCGAAGUGCUGCCGGCUGUCUCGCCCGCAUCUCGUGCAGACACACCUCCUCCGCCACCUCCCGCCAGUGGGAUGCAGUUUGUGAACUACACGACGCAGUCUUUCGACGCAGCGCCUUGUGCACUGCAAGCAUUGGAGCCUCAGCCACCAGCAGCCUUGCAUUGGCUGGCUCCCAAUUCAGACACAGGUCCGACACCACCGACAACGGGAUCUCGACCCAUGUCGCCGGCCAAGAAGCAGGACCUGCCUGUCUUUAGCGCGAACAGCACAAUCCCGUUUGCAUUGCCAGGUCCUGCUCCCGCUCCACAGCAAAGCACUCCUGCCAGCAUGGAGGCAGAGGAUGAGGGAGAUGUCUGGGAGGUGCCUGAAACGCCUGCUCGCACUUGA